CCCUUCCCCCCUGGCACCCAGCCGCACUGCCGCCGCUGCUCGCUAGACUGGCAGCUGACGGACGCUGGGGCCACCGAGCUGUCCCCAGCUCCUGCAGCCUCCGCCUCGGCUGGGAGGGGCUCCAGCUGUCUGGGGACCCGGGGGGCGGGGGCGGGGCGGGGGGUCUCUGGUCACGUGGGCCAGGGCCAGCUGUUACCUGGGGGUGGGGGUGGUGGGAGAGCAGAGAGUGGGGCGGGGAAGCACCCGCAGGCACUUUCUGUUACAGCCACUGCAGCCCCGGCUGCCGCAGCAGCAGCCACAGCAGCAGCAGCCGCCGCCGCCUCCGCGGAGCCCAGAGACAGACCGAGCCCAGGAGGAAGCGAGCGUCCAGCCAGGAUGUCUGUGGCUCCUCCCAGCUAUUGCUUUGUGGCCUUCCCCCCACGGGCCAAGGAUGGGUUAGUGGUGUUUGGGAAAAACUCAGCGAGGCCCAGAGAUGAAGUCCAGGAGGUUGUCUAUAUUGCAGCUGCCGACCACGAACCUGAAAGCAAAGUGGAGUGUACAUACAUUGCAAUCGACCAAGUCCCGAGGACACACGCCAUUGUGAUCAGCAGACCUGCCUGGCUGUGGGGUGCAGAAAUGGGAGCCAACGAGCACGGGGUCUGCAUUGCCAAUGAAGCCAUCAGUACCAGAGAGCCAGCCCCUGAGAAUGAAGCCUUACUGGGGAUGGACCUGGUCAGGCUGGGUCUAGAAAGAGGAGCCACUGCCAAAGAAGCCUUUGAUGUCAUUGUCUCUUUGUUGGAAGAACAUGGGCAAGGUGGGAAUUACUACGAAGACGGGAACUUGUGCCACGCUUUCCAAAGUGCAUAUCUGAUUGUGGAUCGAGAAGAAGCCUGGGUGCUAGAGACCAUAGGGAAACACUGGGCAGCUGAAAAAAUCACAGAGGGAGUGAAGUGCAUUUGUAACCAGCUUUCCAUCACCUCCAAGAUCGAUGCAGAGCACCCUGAGCUCAGGAGUUAUGCUGAAGGUCAAGGCUGGUGGACUACAGACCAAGAGUUCAACUUCUCAGAAGUGUUUUCUCAAGCAGAUGACCACCUAGGUUGCUGUUCAGGCAAAGACAGCCUAGAAAAACAAGAAGAGAGUAUUACUGUGCAAACCAUGAUGAAUAUUUUGCGAGAUAAAGCCAGUGGAGUCUGCGUCGAUUCAGACUCUUUCCUCACUACCGCCAGCAUCGUGUCUGUCCUGCCCCAGGGAGGGAAUUCACCAUGCAUCCACUACUUCACUGGGACCCCAGAUCCCUCCAGGUCCAUAUUCAAGCCUUUCAUCUUUGUGGAUGAUGUAAAGCUCGUCCCUAAAGUCCAGUCUCCCUGCUUUGGGGAUGAUGACCCUGCCAAGAAGGAGCCCCGUUUUCUGGAGAAGCCUGAUCGCCGACAUGAGCUCUAUAAAGCCCACGAGUGGGCUCGGGCUGUCAUUGAAAGUGAUGAGGAUCAAGGUCACAAACUCAUGGAGACCAUGUUAGACCUGGAGAAGCAAGGGCUAGAGGCCAUGGAAAGCAUUCUGAGCAGCACAGACCCCAUGGACCCCACUGAAGUGGCCGACCUUUUCUAUGACUGUGUUGACACGGAGAUUAAGUUCUUUAAGUGAAGUAAGCCACCCUUUCUCUCCUCCCACUCAGAAACUCCCUACUUGGCCAAACUCCAAUCAAAACCAACCCCCUCUCCUCUUUGAGUAAAAUAGAAGAUGGAUGUUUCAGCCCCUUUUUCUAAACAACCAGUCUAAUUUUAACUCACACUCUGUGCUUUUGGUCCCAGAAAGAAACUCCCUUGGCCCUCCUAAGAUUUAGCCAGUUUUAGUUUUUUCAUUAGCCUGCUCUCUGGCUUUAUAUGACUAACUGUGGAUUUUAAGCUGCUGUUAUCUUAUUUCAGUGAUGAUGGGCACGCUUAGCCUUUUCCCAAGAAGACUAGCGCUUGUCAAGCUUUGAAGGAUAGUCCUCCCAUCGCCAAAUUUUUAGGAAAGCAAAACGAAAGCAAACCAUUUAAAGAGUCUUUCUCUCUUCUUAGUAGCUGUUUCGAGUUUAACAAACUGGCUUUUCUUUGCUCGGUCACAUGCUGUUUUGUGUAGAGUCCAAGGAGAAUGCCAGCAGCGUGGCCACAAUUUUCCAGCGGCUGUGUUGGCUGAUACCCCAUGGAAUGCUUUUCUGGGCCACUAGAACAGAUGGAUGAGAAGAGAACCCCCCGGCCCAUGUUCUGAUGACUGGAGUCCCAGACUUGUUUUUCUUAUAGUCAGUGUGCUUACUGUGUGUCCCCAGGAAGGCUCUUAAGGAGGGAGAGGCACACACACGAUUGUCUCAGAGGGAACUGGACGAAUUUGAGAGGCGCUGAAUCAGUGCACGGAUUGGUGCUGAAACAGCCCCCCUCCAGCACGGAUCUCGGCAGGCCAGCUGCUUCUCCACCUGGAUGGUGUCAUGUAUAUAGAUGAUUCAGAACCAAGCUGCUGCUGGCUAGCUUGAGGUCACUGUAAUUAAAUGGCCCCAUGGAAGGAUUCCAAACAUACAGAGGCUGGGAAUCCGCCAACAUGCAAGGCAGAGGGGGAAAACCAACAGCCAGUGACCAUGGAGGCAUCAGCUGAUGUUCUCACAUGCCUAAUUUCCCUCCUUUCUCUGGGAAAUUCGGAGGAGCUCUCCCAGUGUAUGCAUUAUCUCAGCAGCCACUUAGGGUAAUUAAGUUGAUUGUUCUGCAUGUGUAGAAUUAAGUGAAAGAAAGCAAUUUGCCAACAGCGCCUAGAAACCAGCUUUAAGAAGACCAGAUUGGGUCAGCACUCUGUAGGCAGAGUGCAAGGAGGGCUAGAGAGGUCCAGGAUUGCUCUGUGGGCAACUGUUGGACGACGUCUCCCGAACAGCUGACAUGUAUUUACAAAUCACUUUAAGGCUUCCCUGUUACCUGCAGCCUAUUGUACUUUUUGCUGCUAGCUGUACAGUGUUGACUUCCCCGUCUGACUCUUCUUCCUCACUGUUUCCCCACUUCUCGGCUGCUGCCUCCCAGAAAAGCUCUUAGACUAGGGUGUUCCCUCCCCCCAUCACUGCUUUACUGGGAGGGGGUUGAUGCCUCUUUUCUAAAGCCUUCAUUUAUUAUUAAAAUGCCCCCCCAAAGUGUCAUAGUUUUAGAUGGGUGGUGAGAUGAUCAUCAGCUGAAACAGACAAAUACAACAAUUAGCAAAGGAACAAGGGCAAGUUAGAGCACCUGGUCCAUGACCAUUGGGAUGGGAUUACUUUUCACUGUGUUGGCGGGACUCUACAAAUGGGACAGCUUUGAAGGUUACCUAACCCUUAACAAUCUUGUAGCUCCAGCCUGCUUCCUUCCAUAGAUAUGCUCCUUGCUUUAAACCUCUUAGCCAAAGUCCUGUGGUGGUUGAAAAGCAUGGCUAUUUUAUCAAAUUCUGUAUCUUAUGAUGUUAACUCCAAGUGAGCAAAUGCCUGAGAACUGUCGAGAUGAAAGAAAGCACAGGCUAUGGGGUGUGUUUCCUUCAGAGCCAGGGAAGGCAGGGCCACAAAAACACAAAGAUAAAUCUGCCUCCCUUUUCAGAUUGUAGGCUAUCAAAUGUACAAUUUCUGUUUAGUUUCCAUGGCCAGAAUAGCUUUCUUAGGCUUCCCAUAGUCUGGUGGCAGUAGAGGGCAGGAGUGGCAGAGAUGGUUUGGUGACAUACCACAUCUCAGCUAGUCUAGCUGUAGACUAUGGCUUCUUAGACCCCAUGGACCCCUUUGGCAGUCUGGGGAAGCCUGUGAACCCCUUCAUAGAGUCAUAUUUUAAAUGUAUAAAAUUAAAUAUAUAGAAUUUCAAAGGAAGCCAGUUAUAUUGAAAUGCAGUUAUAAAAAUAUAUUUUUUAAAAAGUUCAUGGAGCCCUUGAGAUCUAUCCAUGGAUCCCAAGUUGAGGACCCCUAUAAAGGAAGGAGUGAUAAUGUAAUAUGUGGUAUUUUAAACAAACUAAGAGAACCUAGAAAAAAUUCUACAAACUCAUGAUGGGGACUGCAGUGAGCAGACUUUUAGCUAUUGAGAACUCAAGAGAUCUACUUCAUAUCAACCAAGUUGAUUCAAAUGUUGAGAAAAUAAGUUCGGUUCUCCUGAUUUCUACUGUGGCUUAAGUCCUUAUUGGUAUAAUUCUGAAGAUGAAUCUUGUUGCUAUUGCUUGGUGCCUGGACCCCACAGACAGGACUGUUGAGACUAUCACACAACAUUGACCUUGCUUGGGCAGAUCAAAAAAAUGGUGGAACAGACUCUGGCAGAUCAUUUGGACCAACCCUACUAGCCCAGCAUUACUAUGCUGAUUCAAUAACUCAGAGCAAGUUUUUUUUUUUAAUAAGGCUGGCUACAAGGAAAUGUGGGCCCAUGUUGCAUACACCUUGAGGAUGGCCCCUGACUAAUUUUUGUUCCCCCCAGGGG